ACAGCUAGCUCUGCCUCAGCUAGGUCGAUGCUAGUCCGCUUCGAGCCGGGGAAAGACGCAGAUUAAUGGUUUCAUUUCUCUCCUCCGGUCUGGAAACGGCUUCAGACAUGCAGGAUAAAUAUCAGGAGCUCGGCUUUUUCCAGCAGAUUCCCGGUUUGAACUUUGUGCCGAGGAGAAACGACACGAACCGAGGAAACAACACGUCUCUGAGCGACUUCUCAGAGAUGUGGUACGGGGUGUUCCUGUGGGCCACCGUGUCCUCGCUGGUCUUCCACCUGCCUGCGGCUCUGCUCUGCCUCGUCACGCUGCGCCAGCACAAGGUGGCUCGCUUCAUGCCCAUCGCCAUCCUGCUCAUGGGCAUCGUGGGCCCGGUGCUCGGGGGAGUCCUCACCAGUGCAGCCAUCGCUGGUGUGUACAAAGCUGCAGGGAAGACCAUGAUCUCCUUCGAGGCUCUGGUUUACGGCGUGGGCCAGUCCUUCUGUGUCCUCCUCAUCUCCUUCCUCAGGAUACUCGCUACCCUUUAGCGCCAGGCCGGAGCCCUGAACCCGGGUCCCCGGAGAGUUCUGGGUCAUGUGGGCCGUGUGGAGACCGGCCCAGCCCGGUGCUGCUCCAGAACACAGCCGAUGAACUCAUGAACUAAAGAGACGCGCAGCGCUGGGCCACCUGUGUGUCCACUGAGGACGAAGCAGGUGGUCCGGGUGUCCCGGUGCGGUGGAGGACUUGGAUCACUGGAACCUCUCAGGCUCACAGUCAGAUGAACUGCUUGACAGGAAGACGAUGCUCAUAUGCAAGACUCUCUUUCUCCUGAUGCCUUACUUUCUAUUUUCUACCUGUUCUCUGCCUCUCGCUGCUACUUCUGUUCUCCCUCCUCUCUCUCUCCACCUUCUUCUGGAGGACGUCUGUGUCCCUUUGCCUUGUUCAGCCCAGCAGGGGGCGGAGCGCCGCCGUCCCUCUGGGCUCAACACCCUGUGUGCUGUAUUGCAGCUGUUUGGAUUUCAUUAAAUUCCUGCAGUCUUCAGUCUGCUGUUUCAUGCUUGUGUUUGGAGAAGAGGAG